UAGUCCCUACUAACCACAGACACAGAUAAAUGUCAACGGCUUCGUCGUAUUUUUACUCAGCGGGACAUUGGAUUCGCCUGUUUUAUAACAAUAAUUCAUUGUUUUUGUUCAUUAAAUACUUGUCAGUUAAGUGGUAAAUUGGUAACCACACAUAUCCCAAGUGUAUUUGCGGUUUAACAUGUGUUAAUAUUUUUACAAUGCGGCGAGGUCACCCAGGUAUCGGUGGAUGGCGAGGGGAUAAUCCAAGGCAUUUUAGGCCUAGAAGUGGAGGUACGCCGAAUUUUCGACCACCCAGAGGAUUUGGGCUCGUAGACCAACCACGAUUUACAGGUCCUAGAUCACUUCUUGGCCAUCGACCCUUCCGCCCUUACCCAGCACAAAUUAAUCACAUUACUCCAGAAAAGGACAGAAAUUCCUAUCGGCGCUCGAAUAACCAGCAGAGGUCCCAAAACCACUCAUAUGGCCAACAGCGGCAAAUAUUUCCAAUGUUACAGCGAAUAAGACAAGGACAAGUAGAUACAACCAAGAACCAACAUAAUGAUCUUAGUAACCAAUACAAUGACAAUACUAGUUACUAUAACAACCAACCAAAACAAUGCCACAUAAACAACUUGGGAGACAUUGAUCACCGGCAAACCAACAUACCUCAAAAUAGAGAGUUUAACCAGCAUCCCACGGUCUGGGUGAAUCCUCCAGCUUUUUUUGCAGGAAACCAAAACAAACCUUUUACAAAUUACGACAAGGAGCAAACUAAAGUACCAUUGUUUGAUUACACUGGUCAUAGACCACCUUCAUCUGACCAUUAUGGAGGAAAUCUUGGGUCAACUAUUGAUAAUUCCAAUACUUUUAGUCGAUCAGUGGAUGACACAGUAGAUAUUGUUCGGAAACGUCUUCAAAGACGGGGCUCUCAGCAUGCCUUAGAUAAUAACAUUCCACCUGUUGAUCAAACUGAAGAAACCCCAGUCAGAGAAACCACUUUAAGCAGCUACUCCAAUGUCCAUUCUCAACCAGAACAACCUGUUAAGAAGAAAAUUACCAGAACAAGGAAUGUAAAGACAAAUUGUGACAAAAUUAAAACCAAAAUUGUUCAUCAACUUUUCAAAAUGGAUAAAGAUAAAAUUCAUAAAUUGAUGGACAAUCCCAAUUCUUCAACAAAGUUUGAAUAUGCAAUCAGUAGUUUGAUUACUGAAUCACAGAAUAGUUACAACCGCCAUCUCAGGUCAGUUGCUGAGAAAUCACUAUGCAGCUCUAGCUCAGAAUUCAUCCAUAAUGACAAUAACACAAUAUAUGAGGACACAUUUAUGAAACAGAUGCAAUGCAUAUUGGAUCCCCAAGAUACCGUUUUGCUUGAAGAUAUAAAACCAAUGGUCUUGGCAGAAUUAAGCAAAGUCCUCCAAUUGGAUGACUUUGAGCACAUACAAGAAUAUGAUGAACAAGCAAACUUGUAUUCUUCAAGGAGUGAACAAUCUCAUAGUCAAUACAGUCAAUAUCCUUCAAAUGAAUCAUACAAUUUUGAGAAUUACCAAAAUGAACCUUACUCCCCAGAAGACCAGAGUUCAUAUUAUGAUCAAAAACCAUCAUUACUUGAAUGUCCAAGAUCUGAAACUCCUUUUGCCAGUGAGAAGCAUAGGGAUUAUUGUGAUGACCAAGACGAUUCUGAACACCUGUUUGAGAGACGACUGUCUAGAAGAAGCAGAAAUUGUAGUCGUAGUAGGAGAUCAAGCUCUAGUGGUCAUAAACACAGGAAAGACAGGAGAAGUGUGGAUGAUAAAUCAAGUGAAGAUAAGCAUAGACACAGGAGUACUCCUACUCCAGAUGAAUAUAGAAAUGUUACCACUCCUGCACCAAAUGACUAUAAAACAUAUGAUAGUCCUUUACCAUCAAAUAGUGAAUACAGGAGAAGUGAAACACCUAUUUCGCUUUUUGAUGCUAACAUUGAACAAUUUUCUGAUGAAGAGGAUCCUUUUGCAGAACUUGACAAACAGUAUCAUGUUGCUGUGGAUCACAAUUUUAUUGACAAUGAUGAUCUUAUUUCUGAACCUCAAGUUCCAACCAUUGCCACCACUUCACCAAUUGUAAAGAAAGAAAUCUCAACUACUAUAUAUACUCCUGAAAAGUCCAAGAAUCCAGUAGAAAAACCAUAUACAGUUCGUAAUGCAUUCCAAAUAAAAAAAGAAAUUGACACUCAGCUACACAAUAUGGCUAAAUCACCUUUAAAAUUUUCAAGCAAAUGUGAAGAACCAAGGAAAUCUACAGAAGACACAAAACAGGAAGCUGCCACCUAUGCGGAAAUUAACCCAAAACAAAUGGUCGAUUCAGGCGAGAAAACUGAUGAACAUCAGGAAUCUAGUUCUGACUUUAAACACACUGAAAGAAAUACAGAUAAAAGAAAGAGCAGCACUUUGACUAAAUCUUCAACACUAUCUCGUAAAAGAUCUGUAGAAGAAAAACCAUCUCACCGAAAAGAAAAACGCAAGAAAAGCGAAUCAGAACAAAUGCACACAGAAUCCAAUAAACAGGUAUUAAAUAAGAAUAUUAUUAUAAAUGUUAAUGAUUGUGCUGCAAAGUCUACAACUGAAAAAUGUGAUGCCCCAAAAUCCAUAUUUAACUUAUUCUUUUCAAAAGAAAAAAGUGGAAAUAAUUCUUCAAAAGAAAAUAAGCUGGAUAAAAGUAUCAAAAUUUCAGAUAAACACAUAAAGAGAAAAGAAGAAAAAAGCUCAAACAAGUCGAAAGAUAAAGGAAGUGAUAAGAAAAAACAUGAUUCCAUUUCGUCUAGGCAUUCCACACUGAGUCCUACAGAAACAAAUGUUGCUAACAGUUCAGCUCAGACGCCCACCAAAGGAGAUUCUAAAUUAAAGACCAUUGACAUGUUCUUAGAUCAUCCGAAAAAACCUAAUGUACACCAAGCACACAGAAACACAGCUCCGGUAGCUACUUUAAACACAGCUGUCAUGGAAACCGUAAAGCCACCUUUACCCAUAAAUAGGAAAAUAAUCAAGAGACACAUUUCCACUCAGGUAAUUCAGAAAACUUCACAUAAAGAAACACAGACCAUGGAGAGCAAGAGUAGUACAUCCAGAUUUUGUCAAACUGAGAGAAAAAAAUUGAUGACUCGAGGAAUGCAAACUGAACCAGAUUCUUUCAGAUCAACUUCUAAGACAACUGAUGCUUUUGAAAGAAUGAAAGAAAUUGACAUGGAAAUUCAAACACUUUUACAAGAAAAAUUCAAACUGUACAGUUCAAUAGAAUCCAAAGAAGGUUGUCCAUCAAAUACAAUGCAAUCACUAGGCAUGGCGGUAUUAAAUGUAGCUCCAUUAAAUGAAAAUUAUUUGAAUGAUGAUGCUGUAGAAGAUGCUAUUGUGGAUGAUUUUACCAAUAUACCUGUGGAAGAGUUGGAACAAAUAGCUUUUGAGACAGUUCAAGAAGAAAAGGGUGAUAAUGCACAAGAGAGGCGAAGUUUACGUCACAAAGUCCUCCAGCGACAGAGAAAAUCAUCCUUGAGUCCAGCCACCACAAGUUCGACAAAUACCAGAACUAAGAGAAAAGCAAAAACGCCAAAUAUAUCUCUCAUAGAGCAAAUAAUAACAGAUGAUAGACCUUUAGAAGAUAUAAUUUCAUUAGAUUAUCUUGAAGUUCUGCCAGUUCCGACAUCCAAAUCUUACAAAAAGUAUAAGGCAAAGCCAAAAUCGAAACCAAAUAAAAAAUGCACAAAACAAAUUGAAACCAGUUCAAAGACAGAUAAUUAUGCUUUAAAAGAAUGUUCUGUUGUAUUAGUACGUGAUGACUUAGAAAGUAUGUUAAAGAGUAUUAUUGAGUUUAAUAAACAAAACAGAAUUAAUAAAGUGGAUGAAACGUCCAAUAUUACGGAGUCUGGAACAGACUUAUCUUCUAAGACAGAAGAUAUUGUAGAGCAAGAAAAUGUAGAUGAAGAGACGAUUGUAAGUGAUAUUCAAUUUGACAUGUUAGACGUGUCGGAAGACAUUGUGAUUGGUGACAGCUGCGAAGUGAAAUCGUCAGAAAAAGACGAAAAUUAUACAUCGCCGGGUUCGAUUAAUGAAGAGAUAAUCUUGGACAAUAGCCAGCAGUCAAUAGAAGAAGCGUCGUGUGCUGAGAUCGAGGAUAAAAGCCAAGAAUGUAGAGUCUACGAUUUCUUGUCAGACGAGAAUUUGCGACGCGAUUCAAUUAUCGUUUCGGGGAAUGCUGAUGCUGUUCUUGCCAUUGAAUGUAUAGAAAACAACUUCAUAGCUGCUUGUUUGGAUGGCAAUGUAUAUUAUUUUACUGGAGAAGGACAGCUUUUGAACACACUUCGCGGAUCGAACCUCGCUGUGACCUGCCUUACUAUCGUGAAGGAAAAAUAUGGCACUACCGUGUACACAGGUUCUUUGGAUUCGCGAAUACGAUAUUAUGACCUAGAGACGGGACUGGAGAAAGGCCCGGAGUGCAACGUGCUGAGUCCUAUUCAGACAAUGGACCGUGCUUGGGACACCGUCUUCGUCGGCACUAGAACAGGAUUUGUUUUGCAAUUUGAAUGCAAGAAUAACAUGUUAAUACCAGUUAGCACUGUGAAGUUCUCGGAGCAAUCGAUUCUAGCCCUUCGUGCAAUGAAAGAAGGCCCUCGCAAGGUUCUUCUCGUCGCCGCUCGUUCCGAAGCAGUUACCAUUAAAGAUGCCCAAACUGGAUUGUUGCUAAGGACAUUAGAAGGACCCAAAAUGACAGUCUAUACAUUGUUAUUUGAAGAUGGAAAAGUGUACUGCGGAACCAGUAGUCCUCAGAUACACGUUUUUGAUUACGCCAGCGGCAGCCACGUAGGUACUCAUGACGGCGGCAAAGGCGCCGUCUGCCUCCGUGCGACAGGCGGGUUGCUAUUUGCGGGCUGCUACGACGGCUGCGUGUACGUGUAUCGCGAGGGCGACAGUCGUGCGCUGGCGCAGCUACGAGGACCAAGUCUCAUGUUGCUUUCACUGGCCAUUGUUGGCACUAAGAUCAUAGCCGGAUACAAGGACAGGAGCUUGUACAUAUGGAAGAUGCCCCUCGCCGUGUUGCAAGAAAUGAUCUUAUAAACUCUCUAUUUGUUUAGUACCUUCUACUUGAUGUUGUAGAAUUUUACAUUUUAGUUGUUUGUCACCAUAAGUUUAGUUAUUUAAAUGUAUAUAAAAAAAUAAACUUUGAA